AUGCAAACCAGGAAGAUCCAGAUGGAGUGUUCUUCCAGUCCGUGUCUGAAUGGUGGCUCCUGUGUGGACUUGGUUGAUAAAUAUGCGUGUUUCUGUCUGGAUGGAUACACUGGGAAGAACUGUGACAUUGACAUAGACAUCUGUCUAGAAACCCCCAUCAAUGUCACCCUGUGUUUAAAUGGAGGGACUUGUCUCGAUGGCCAAGGCUCCAAUUUCACCUGCAGUUGUCCAGCAGGUUUCAUAGGUGACUUCUGUGAGAUGGACAUUAAUGAAUGCUGUUCAGAUCCAUGUCUCCACGGGGCAAUCUGCCGAGACCUGCUUAACGGAUACCUCUGCCACUGCAGGGCAGGUUGGACAGGCCUUCACUGUGAGUUGGACAUUAAUGAGUGCCUUCCGCAACCCUGCAACCAGGGGAUGUGCAUCCAGAACGAGCCUGGCUACGGCUACACCUGUUUCUGUCGUCCUGGAUUUGUGGGGAGGAACUGUGAGCACAAUUACGAUGACUGCCUGGUCCAGCCGUGUCCGGGAGGAUACUCCUGUGUUGAUAGUAUCAACGAGGUCAGCUGUCAGCCAGCCGAGGGAGACAUGUCCUCUGUGCCCUGGGAGCCUUCUAUGACACAAACCCCUCGGGGAUCCCUGCUCACCACGUCACCAAUGUCACCAGUGUCACCGUACAGUGAACAACCAACAG